CUUUUAGAUAGAGAGUGUAGAGAGAGAAAGCAAACUCCCUUAGAAAAAGGAAAGCAAAGAUUGCAUUUUGAGGAAUGAGUAAAGCGUAAACCAUCUUCUCAUUCUUAGGGUUUUCUUUAAACUCAAAAAAAAUAAACACCCAAUGAAAAAAGCUGCUAUCCUCUGUUCCAAUAGAGUAAUCUGUCUCUGUGCAAGAAAAAGAAGAAACCCAAAUGCAGGAACUCGUUUGAUUUGAGACCCAGAAUCUGGGGAUCCGAUUCAGCAAUCUGAGAUCUCACUUUUGUUUCUCCUCUCCGAGAGAAAAUGAAGUCCGAUGCACCUCUUGAUUAUGCUGCUUUCCAACUAUCACCAAAGCGCUCACGCUGUGAGUUGUUUGUUUCAAGCAAUGGAAAUACAGAAAAGCUUGCUUCUGGAUUGGUAAAGCCGUUUGUUAGUCAUUUAAGAGUUGCAGAGGAACAGGUUGCUCUUGCAGUCCAAUCUAUUAAGCUUGAAGUGGAAAAGCAUAAAAAUGCUGAGACUUGGUUCACCAAAGGAACACUUGAGAGGUUUGUGCGUUUUGUUAGUACACCAGAGGUUAUGGAGUUGGUCAAUACACUUGAUGUAGAGAUGUCUCAGUUGGAAGGAGCUCGGAAAAUAUACUCUCAGGGGAUGGGAGAUCAGUAUUCUGGUGUAAUAGGUGCAGGUGGCACUGGAUUGACAGCAACAGCUGAUGCUACAAAAAUGGAGCUUCUAAGGGCUAUUGAUGUGCGCCUUACUGCCGUUCAGCAAGACUUAACAGCGGCCUGUGCUCGUGCAUCAGCUGCAGGCUUUAACCCUGAUACUGUAUCUGAACUCCAACAAUUUGCAGAUCAGUUUGGUGCUCAUCGCUUGAAUGAAGCUUGCACCACAUUCAUUUCAUUAUGCCAGAGACGUCCAGACCUGAUCAGCUCAUGGAAGCCAGGUAUCGAUGAUCAAGUGGUCCGAGCCUCAUGGGGAUCUGAUAUGUCAAUUGAUGAUCCCAUUGAAGACCUAAGUGGAUAUCGUGAUAAUAGUAGGUCCUACCAAUCACUGCAAAAUAAACACCAAGAGCAACAACCACCAAACACAAUGCAUGCUCAGAACCACAUCAACCAAUCAAAUCCUGCCACUUCUCAACAAUCCAAAACCUCAAUUGCUACCCAACAGCCUGUUCAGAACAAAAAGAAGGAUGAAGAGAAGACAGAGGAGAGUGUGACUGAGCCACAACCAAUUCAGACAAGUCAACCAACUAGGCGACUUAGUGUGCAGGAUAGAAUUAAUCUCUUUGAGAACAAACAGAAGGAGAAUUCAAACUCUGGAGGGAAACCAGCUAUUGUAGGGAAGUCUGCAGAGCUGAGGAGACUCUCAUCUGAUGUUUCAUCUGUACCUGUAGCUGUUGAAAAAGCUGUAUUGAGAAGAUGGAGUGGUGCUAGUGACAUGAGCAUUGACUUGGGUAAUGAGAAGAAGGAUAACAAUACUGAUAGCCCUUUGUGCACACCAACAUCAUCGUCUUUGUCUCAGGCUAGCAAUAGUUUCCCAGGUUCGUCUGAGGAAAGGGAACAAAAUGAUCAAAACAGUUUGAGUGAUAAGGUGAGUUUGGUUAAAGUUGAUCCAAAUAAUGGUUCCAGUAAGGCUGGCAACUCUGGGUUGAAAGAUCAAGGAGGACAAGCCCUGGUUGGUAGUCUCUUAGGUAAAGAUGAGGAUUUGGGCUUGAAGGGGCAGGUCAGUUGUAAGGACAACCUGGGUUCCCAAACCAAUCAAUUUAGGUCUUUCGUGGGUAGAAAAGUGCAGCAGGUUGGGUCCAAUCAAGUGGUUGGAGGAGAGAGGAGUGGUGUGUUUAAUGAUCAAGGAACUUUUAAAGUGCAAUCUGGCAACGAUACUUCUCAGGCCCAAAUUGGGGGUUUUGCGGGUAGAUUAGGGGAUACCACGCCUCAAGGUGAAUUCAGGAAUAGAGUUGAGACAAUUGAGACUGCUGAAUCAGAAGGUCAUCCUGUGACACAAGCAUAUUUUAGGAGGGGGUCUCAGGGUCACAACUGCUCUCUGUCAGGGCAGAGUUUUGGAUUAAAAUCUAGGGAAGCUCAGCAGACAGGCACUGAAGCUGAUCAAUUGGCUCAACUGCAGUGGAAGUCUUUCAGAGGGGGAGUUGAAGAAGCUGGAAAGAAAGAGCUUGCUUCAUUGGAGAAACAACCAAGCAAAGUUGAAGAUGCUGGAGUCCAGAGAAUGAAGGUCCAGAAACAAGUUUCUGUAGGUUCUGAACGGAUUAAGAAGUCACAGGGCCAAAGGGAAGAUGGUAGCUCUGUUUUUGCAAAUAGCAAGCUGAUUCUUCCUGGUAAAAACGGUACUGAUAAUGAAGAGAGUUUUAGUACAACAGUUUCAGUAGAGAAAGUUCAGAGAGUAAGGCAGUCAAGGGGGAAUCAGGAACUGCAUGAUGAGCUGAAAAUGAAGGCAAAUGAACUAGAAAAGCUUUUUGCAGAACACAAGCUUCGGGUUCCCAGUGAUCAGUUUGGUUCUACCAGGAGAGGGAAGCCUGCUGAAGUUCAGAUUGAUCAGGAAGCAAGUCAACCAUACAGAAAACAACAAGCAUUAGAUACAUCUUCUGCACAGUUGUCUGAAAAAAAUGCAACUGAAACAACGGAGAAUUUGGUGAAGUUUAGUACUCCACCAACCAAGAUAGUAGAUAACCAGGAAUACAGUGAUACUCUCAGGCAAAAUUUCUCCCAGAUUAGAUUUUCAGAUGAUUCUAAAGGGAGGUUUUAUGAGAAGUACAUGCAAAAGAGGGAUACAAAACUAAGGGAAGAAUGGGGCUCUAAAAGGGCAGAGAAGGAAGCCAAGUUGAAGGCAAUGCAGGAUGCCCUCGAGAGAAGUAGAGCUGAGAUGAAGGCUAAAUUUUCUGGGUCUUCCAACAGAAAGGAUUCAGUUUCUAGUGUGCAUCAACGAGCUGAGAAAUUAAAGUCAUUCAAUUUUCAGUCACAGAUGGAGCAGCAUCCAAUAAGUUCAUUUCAGAGUGAAGAGGAUGAAGAUCUCUCCAAAUUCCAAGAUCAAAAGUACCAUGGACAAACGAAGAAGCUUUUGCCUAAUAAGAAUAUGUCUUCAUCCACCCCUCGUACCACUACAGCAUCAGUUCCACGCUCAUCUGGUAAAGUUUCAAGUACUAGUUCUGGGAGGAGAAGACCACAAUCUGAUAAUCCUCUUGCCCAGUCAGUUCCGAAUUUCUCUGAUCUAAGAAAGGAAAAUACGAAGCCCUCUUCUACAACCACCAAGAUGACUAGCCGUUCACAGGUUAGAAACUACAUGCGCAGCAAGAGUUCCAAUGAAGAGACAACCAUAGGCAAAGAAGGGAAGCCUAGACGGUCUCAUUCCUUGAGGAAAAGCUCUGCUGGUCCUGUAGAGUUUAUGGACUCUGAUGGUGUUGUUUUGGCUCCUUUGAAAUUUGACAAAGGGCAGACUGAGGAGAGCUUCAGUGAUAAGUUUUUGAAGAAUGUGGAUACAAAACCUUUUCUUAGAAAAGGUAAUGGUAUAGGUCCCAGUGCUGAAGGUGGUAUCACACAGCUGAAAGCUUCAAUGUCACCUGAGACCCAGAAAAAUGGAGAGGAAUUGGAUGAGCUUGCCUUUGAUGCUGAAGAUUCAACAGAUAUUGCCAAAGAUGAUGAAGAGGAAGACCAUGAAACCAUGGCAGUGGAAGAUUGUACUGACAUGGACAAUAGAAGAUCAAGACAGAGUCAGGAAUCUGACAAGUUGGAUAAUUCGGAAUCUGAGAAUGGUGAUUCCUUGAGAUCUCUUUCUCAGGUAGACCCUGCUUCUGUUGCUGAAUUGCCUGCUGCAGUGUCUUCUACAUUCCAGACUGCUGUGUCUCUACAGGACUCUCCUGGGGAGAGUCCUAUAUCAUGGAAUUCUCGCAUGCAUCAUCCAUUUUCUUAUCCCCAUGAGAAUUCAGAUGUUGAUGCAUCUUUGGACUCUCCCAUUGGCAGCCCUGCAUCUUGGAAUUCUCAUUCUCACCAAACAGAGGCUGAUACUGCUCGAAUGAGGAAGAAAUGGGGAAAUGCUCAGAAACCUUUUCUUGUAGCUAAUGCAACCCAUAACCAGUCACGUAAGGAUGUGACGAAGGGGUUCAAGAGGUUGUUGAAGUUUGGAAGGAAAAGCCGUGGAACAGACAGUUUGGUUGACUGGAUCUCUGCUACAACUUCUGAAGGUGAUGAUGAUAUGGAAGAUGGGCGAGAUUCUACCAAUCGUUCAUCAGAAGAGUUGAGGAAGUCAAGAAUGGGAUUUUUGCAAGGUCAUCCUUCUGAUGAUGGCUUCAAUGAAAGUGAGAUGUUCAACGAACAGGCUCAAGCUUUACAUAGCUCGAUCCCUGCACCACCAGCAAACUUCAAAUUAAGGGAAGAUCAUUUGUCUGGAAGCUCUAUGAAAGCACCACGGUCAUUCUUCUCUCUCUCAACAUUUCGGAGCAAGGGUAGUGAUUCCAAGCUUAGAUAAAUCACAUCAAGUAAAGGCCAAAACAAGUGUUUGGAAUCUUCUUAAACAGUAGGGCAUAAAGGAUAAUAUAUAUAAGACAAAUGUUUGAGGUAGGCACAAUACAGUGAAUAUAAUGGGAUUAUGUAAAUCUUCAUGGAUUCAUGAGUUCUUUUGCCCAUGAUCUAGUCAGAUAUUUGUAUUGUAAAUUGUAUUGAACAAGAAAUCGCCUAUUGGCAAAAUGUCAUUGUGAUUUUAUUAGUCUAGGGACAUUCUUUUUCUUCUUUUCAUUUUUCUCUAGCCUCUAUGUCAUGUAUAUCAUAAGACUGAACUCUUAUUCAGAAUCAGAAUGUAUUGACAGUUUAAGAAGAGCGAUGUGAUUUUGCGGAGCAAUAAUAGCAUGUAGAAAAAAACCACUUCCAUGUUAUACUUUUAUCUGUAGUACUAAAUACAAUGCUGUGUCUAUU